GGCCUCCGACCGUAGUAGAACGAAGCCAAUACCGAAGAUACAAAUUCAAAUCAUAUCAUAGUAAAACUUAAUUUCGACACAAAAUGGAUACGAACAUAUUUUCCGAGCACUUGUUAAUCAAACCCGCAAGAAGGCAAGACGUGUCAGAGGGGCAUGGUUGCAUGAAUGGGAAUCCUAACAGUUGUGCGUCCGUAUUUGAAAUCGCUGUUGACAGGGGGUGCGUUGUUGCUGGUGGUCUUCUACGUCAUUUCCGGUAGACAGCUGGCGUUCUAUUUUACCCCGGGUGUUGCGAGAGACUUGCACCAGCAUAAUGACCCUCGACCGGGAAAAAACACUUUGACUUUAUCAACGCCCGUUUCUCUGUCUUUGCUACUUCCGACGCUCGGCGCUUCGCUACCGCCGUGGAAUUUCCGGUCACCGCAACCAGCAAUAUUUCAGAACCCGAGGCCACAUACUCCAUCCACAACCGCAUCUGGCGGCUCGCCGGGUGGUUUUUCGCACACAAACCCAGAAGACAUUGUUCUUAUUAGCAAGGAUUCUUCUAUGGUUAGUCAAUUACAUGAUAUGGGACGGAGGUCAAUGCAUUUAAACACAACGUGCUUCAAGGACGUUUUACUCAACGCAACUUAUAAGGGAACGGAACGCGGACGGUUUUUUCAUUCCAAGGUUUACAAUAUCGCAUAUUGCAAGGUGCCAAAAGUUGGGUCCACUUUUUGGACACUGUUAUUCACAACUCUUGACAAUGGAGUCGAUUUUGGCAAGAAGCUUUUGGAAAAGAAACGCAGUUCUCUACACGCCGGUCGCUACACAUUUUCUUCCUCAUUCAUGUACGUGAAGAGUGCCAAAGUUGCAACAAUUCUCCCGACACGUGAUCCAUAUUCUCGGCUUUUCUCGGCUUACAUCGACAAGUCAUACUUGCCCAUUAGAUUAAACACAAACUACGCUGUCCUAAGCAUUCAAAACAAAUCACUAUGCGCAACUGAUGUUUCUUUUCAAGAAUUUCUCCACUGGAUUUUAAACGAAGCGAAAGUAGGCAAAUCUUUAGAUCAACACUGGGCACCGAUUUAUUCUAUUUGCGGAUCUUGCGAGGUUAACGCUCAGUACAUUGUAAAACAAGAAACAUUUACAAACGACAUCGGCGUCGUAUUGCAGAAGCUGAACGUCUCGUCAGAAAAGUACAACUUCAUCAUGCAUACGCUGGAUGGCAAGCGGAUUCAGUCAUUCUUGCCAGGGAUUGUGGCCACAAUUCUAGAGCGGAGUUCUGGGGCCGAGAUUAGCCGGUGUAUGCCUUGGCUGGAGGUCACUCGGAGGAUAUGGCGCUCUUUCCAGAUUCAGGGCUAUAUUCGCGAGGACCGAGGGUACCCGCAAGACACGUUCGAAUCCAUUCAGAACAGCUCGGAUCCGUCACUAGUAUCCGAUAUAAUUUUGGCGGAAAUAUUCAAGUAUACUUUGUCGUCGGAAGAACGUAAAAUGCAACGAGAAAAUGCGUUACGAAAAGCGUAUGAUGGUGUCAGCAAAGAUGUUGUUGACGUGAUCAAAGACUUGUACAGUGUGGACUUUUCAAUAUACGGUUAUUCUAAUAUUCCACCAAAUGAAAGAUAACAUGAUAUAUACAAGUGUCUUUGCGAUAAUCAAAAUAUUAUUUGAUCAUUUUUUAACUGUUUAAGUCAACAUUUGUUAACAAAAAGACUUAACGUUCGUGUGUGUACUCUUAAUAUACAAUAUUAUUUAACCUCUUUAAUGGUCGCGGUGGUGUAGUGGAUGAGGUGUCCGCCUAGCGAUCGGGAGUUUGUGGGUUCGGGGUUAUCUCCUCCACAGACACCAAGUACUGGCUCUUUCCAGGAAAAGGACUCGACAAUGUCCAUAUCUGCCGAUACUAUGUAUACUAUGCAUUCCUGUCUGUGCUAUGUGUCUAUGCAAUUGACUGUAGGAAGUACGAAGUAGAAGUAUGGUUACAUCGUGUAUAUUUCAACAUAUUACUUGUAAUAAUUGCUAUUGUUUUCAUGUCCAUAAAAUUAUUUCAGCUGGGAAUGCAUUUUGUUUGAAGAGAUAAAUUAUGAAACAAUGAUUUUUUAAAUAAUUGUUGGAGAAGAAAUAAUUACUUAUAUCCUUUAGGUAUACAAGUGUACUGCAUAAUACGCAUUAAUUAAGUGAUAUAAAUGCCCGGGAUUCACUGUUUGUGAUAGACCCACCUGAUUUAGCAACUGUAACAAAAAUAGCCUAUGAUUACUUAAAAAAGACAAUUCAUUUUAGUCUGUUCAUACAUCUUUAGUGCAUUUUUGUUUCCUGAGUUGCUUGCGCUAAUCGAGCUUAUUGAGUAAUGAACAUUUUUUGUCAUGAAAAAAAAUCAUGUCAAGUAUUACAUCAGUUUAAUCCUUAAUUGCGUUUUUUUUGUUAGUCAGACAGCUGUUGUUGCGUGUUCCUAUGAAAAAAACCCACAAAUAAUGGAGUGUGAUUUGUCCAAUGUUGCAUGGAGUAAAAUUACAUUAUAACGCUGCAAUCAUAUUACGGCGUCAAAGUUGUCGCAAUUAUAUCUGUCAAGGUGUAGUUAUCGAUUCACUGAAUUGUGAUAUGCAUUUACAACAAUUUCGAUCAAGAUACAUUACUUAUAAUAAUCUUGGCUUGCGUAAACGGUAUAUAAACGAGUGUGCAUGCAUUUCAUUAAGAAAUAAACCGAUCUGUCCUAUGUAUUUCGUGUUAAGCCGUAAAAAUAAAUGAGCGAAAACAAAAUCGAUUGGCUUAAAAUGUUUAAUAAUCUCGCUAAUCUCUGAAAAAAUACGGUGGGUCCAGCUGUUCAAUUGUAGUGUUCUCAUUGCUCAUAUCGUGUAAUAUAUCAUAUGACGUGCGAAAAUAGGUUUUAUGUCAUAUGCGGGCAGUAUAGCUAAAGACCAGAGUGAACAAUCGCGAAACCUACCGCUAGCCAAUCGCGAGUUACCGCUUUUAAGUCACAUAAGAAUUCGCGGUCUCAUAAGCAGUCGGCGUAGCUCCUGACCGCAUUGAACAUUGACAUGCUAGUCUGCAGCUACGUUGGCUGUAUAUGGCCGAAGACCCAUUAUCGCAAGACGCUGCAGUCCGCUACGACCGAAGACCCAUUAUGGCAUGACGCUGCAGUCCUUAGAGGGUUGGCUGCAUAUUGCAUAAGACCCAUUAUCGCAUGACGCUGCAGUCCUCACGGGUUAAUCAAGGACGACACUUUCCGAAUAGACCGGAUGUAUACUAGAGACUUCGUUUAAACGAAAAAUUAAAAAAAAGCGAGUGUCGUCACUUAUUAUAUGAUGAUGUAUAACUGUGUUGCUGUUUUAUGUUUAAUGUAUUACUGUACAAAAUUAUAAAAAUAAAACAACUGGCGUCUUAA